CGUUGUUGUGAUGUGGAAGAUAAACAGGAAAUUAGUACGAAUCACAGUCAAGAAAUCGUUCAAAAUUUGUUGAAAAUCUUCAUUAGAUUUGUAUGCUUAAAACCCAAGCCCCUUUCCCAGCACUCCAAUUACAGUGCUUUCAUAGCCCUAGGGGUUGAAAAUCCUCACUUUACUGAUCUUUAUGCUCAAUUUUUCAAAGCAACGUAGUAAAAUGACAUUAUUGAUCUAAGAAGCAAGUUCCAUAACAAGAUCUAUCUUCCUCCCUCGGACUCCAGUACGACAGUUUUAUCUUUAUGGCGAUCAAGAGGGGGGUAUCAAGUUUCGGCGUCCAUAGAAACAGAGGAGGUGGUGGAUCUCGUUUUCCAGUGUUCACCCUUGUGUUAAUUUUAGUUCUUGCUCCCAUGGUGUUCUUCGUUGGACGUGGGAUUUAUUCGGCUGAUUCAAUUGAUCAAAAUGAUUCCUCAAUUAGUAAUAAUAAACAAGAUGUAGAUUGGAGAACCAAACUUGCUUUGCAACACAUCAAAUCUCUUCUCUCAAAGGAGGUUAUUGAUGUCAUCAAGGCCAACACAGAUGACUUAGGACCCUUGAGUCUUGAUUCUUUUCGUAAACAAAACUUUUCAGCUUCUUGGAAGUUUUCAGGACAAGAAAAUGUGAUUGAUAUUAGUUCAAGUUCUUCUGAGCAGAUUGUGGCAACUAAUAAACAAGAAACCCCAAAAGGCAAACAAGAUAGUUCUUUAGUUGAUGAUCAUUCUCAAUACAUGGAGACACCCACAAUGCUAGCAAGAAGGAAACUGAGAGACAAAAGGCGUGAAACACGAGCAGCUGGUUUAAUGAAACAAGAUGAAGAUGUAAGUAUAAAGCUUGAAAAUGCAGCCAUUGAAAGAUCCAAAUCAGUUGAUUCUGCUGUUUUGGGGAAGUAUAGUAUAUGGAGGAAAGAGGCUGAUAAUGAGAACAUAGAUACAACUGUUCGUUUGAUAAGAGAUCAAAUCAUCAUGGCUAGGGUUUAUGUAAGCAUUGCAACUAUGAAAAACAAGACAAACAUGGCUCAUGAGCUACAAAUCCGAAUUAAAGAAAGUCAACGUGCUUUAGGAGAUGCAACAACUGAUAUUGAUCUUAAUCAAAGGUAUCAUAUCAAAUUAUUUAUAUAUAUCAGUAUCUUUUCUAGUCAACUUAUGAAAUCUUGUUCUUUCUUGAUAUUCAAUUUUAGUGCCCCAGAGAAAAUAAAAGCCAUGGGACAAUUGUUAUCAAAAGCUAGAGAUCAACUUUAUGAUUGCAAGUUAGUUACAGGGAAGUUGAGAGCUAUGCUUCAAUCUGCAGAUGAACAAGUUAGAAGCUUGAAAAAGCAAAGUACUUUUUUAAGCCAAUUAGCAGCUAAAACAAUUCCAAAUGGAAUUCAUUGCUUAUCAAUGCGUUUAACAAUCGAGUAUUACCUUCUUUCACCUGAAAAAAGAAAGUUUCCAAGAAGUGAGAAUCUUGAAAAUCCAAGUCUAUAUCAUUAUGCUCUUUUCUCUGAUAAUGUAUUGGCUGCAUCCGUUGUUGUCAACUCUACAAUCAUGAAUGCUAAGGAACCAGAGAAACAUGUUUUCCAUCUUGUUUCUGAUAAAUUAAACUUUGGAGCAAUGAACAUGUGGUUUUUAUUAAAUCCUCCAGGAAAAGCCACAAUUCAUGUAGAAAAUGUUGAUGAAUUCAAAUGGCUAAAUUCAUCAUAUUGUCCAGUUCUUAAACAACUAGAAUCUGCUGCAAUGAAAGAGUUUUACUUCAAAGCAGAUCAUCACACAACCCUUUCAGCUGGAUCUUCAAAUCUUAAAUACAGAAACCCUAAAUAUCUUUCCAUGUUAAAUCACCUCAGAUUUUAUCUCCCACAAGUUUAUCCUAAAUUAAACAAGAUCCUUUUUCUUGAUGAUGACAUUGUUGUUCAAAAAGAUUUGACUGGGUUGUGGAAGGUUGACCUUCAUGGGAAAGUCAACGGGGCUGUUGAAACAUGUGGUGAAAGCUUUCAUCGGUUUGAUAAGUAUUUAAAUUUCUCAAAUCCCCAUAUUGCCCGUAACUUUGACCCUAAUGCAUGUGGUUGGGCGUAUGGGAUGAAUGUUUUUGAUCUCAAGCAGUGGAAGAAGAGGGAUAUAACUGGAAUUUACCACAGGUGGCAAAGCAUGAAUGAGGAUAGGGUUUUAUGGAAGCUUGGGACAUUGCCACCUGGAUUAAUGACAUUUUAUGGGCUUACACAUCCACUUGACAAAUCAUGGCAUGUACUUGGGUUAGGGUAUAACCCAAGCAUUGAUAAGAUUGAUAUUGAGAAUGCAGCUGUGGUUCACUACAAUGGUAAUAUGAAACCAUGGCUUGAGUUAGCUAUGACAAGGUAUCGUUCAUAUUGGGUCAAAUACAUCAAGUUUGACCAUCCGUAUAUCCGAGGUUGCAAAAUCAGUGAAUGAUAUUCCUAUUUAGGCAAACUAACAAUGAUGCCACACACUGUGUUUCCCACAUUGUUUAUUCUUGUGAGUUUGAUCCUAUUCUUUGUUAUAUCUAUUUAGUUCUAAUUCUUUUUUUGUUCCAAUACUUGUAUGUGAAAGUGAAACUUACUCCCCUAAAUUGGAUAGGAGUAGGGAAGGAUGUUAUAGUUGACUUUUGAGUAAUGAGAUUAUCUUCACACC